AUGGCUUUGGCUCUGCAGCGCGCCUCGCCCUUGGUUUCGGCAAAACCUAUGCUAUUACACUCGCCUGCGCUUACGAGAUCGGCCUCCACCAGCCGUCGUCCAUUACUUCGAAGACUGCUUGAUCUCCGACGGGGCAAAAACUCAGAUAUCAAGAAUCAUCGCAACCAUAGUCCGACCUUAACAGAUGAAGGCACCGAGCUCUUCAAUCUUGGUCGGGGGCUCGCGGCCAAAGCCUCAAAUGAAUUACGUCUUCGAUGCACAGAGUUCGACAAGAGUGGAAACGUCACCCUGGUGAAUGGAGAGUUUCGCAAGUCAGAACUAAUCGCCAAGUAUGGUCUUCUUCCGCGCGAUCUUCGCAAGAUUGACUCUUCCACGCUUCCUCAUAUUCUUGUCCGACCGAGCGCCAUUCUGAUCAAUCUACUCCAUCUACGUGUAUUGAUCAAGUCGGACCGCGUGCUUGUCUUUGACGCAUAUGGCUCGACUGACUCGUACAUGCAAUCUCUUUUCAUCUAUGAUCUCGAAGGGAAAUUACGUCAGAAGCAGUCUCAAGUUGCGCCGGCAGGCCAGGCGCUGCCCUAUGAGUUUCGCGCUCUGGAAGCCGUUCUCAUCAGCGUUACAACCGGCCUAGAGGAAGAGUUCAACGGGGUGAGGGAGCCUGUUGUCCGUGUCCUCCGUGCUUUGGAAGAGGACAUCGACCGAGACAAGCUGCGUCAUCUUUUGAUUUACUCCAAGAAGUUGGGUACAUUUGAGCAAAAGGCUCGCCUGGUGCGAGACGCCAUUGACGAUUUGCUCGAAGCGGAUGAUGACUUGGCUGCGAUGUAUCUUACCGAACGUGCGACCGGAAAAGAACGAGAGGAAGACAAUCAUCAGGAGGUGGAGAUGCUUCUUGAAUCGUACCACAAGGUCUGUGAUGAAAUUGUCCAGUCCAGUGGUAAUCUUGUCACCAACAUUAGAAACACCGAAGAAGUCGUGAAAGCAAUCCUCGACGCCAACCGAAAUUCUCUCAUGCUUCUUGACUUGAAAUUCAGCAUUGGAACACUCGGACUCGCUACAGGGACACUCUUUUCUGCGCUCUACGGUAUGAACUUGAAAAACUUUAUCGAGGAGUCCGACUUUGGAUUUGGCGGUGUCUCCGUGAUCUGCUUUGUUCUUACCGGUGUCGUCUGCGUGUACGGGCUCGCCAAACUGCGCAAGCUCCAGCGCGUUCGCAUGUGGGGAGAAUCCGGAGUCGGUGGCGGCUCCCUGGCCCAAAUUGCUCCACGACAGGGCAUUCUUAAUAGUCACCGCAAUUGGCGCGCAGACUCGAUCGAGCCUGUCUGGGGCAGCUUGCCAGGUGAGGCUCGAUCGGAGCGUAUCAGACGCCUUCGAGAAAACGCCGCUGUUGCCGCUGCGGCUUCUGCGGCAGCCGAGUCACGGUUAUCAUCAACCACUACUGCUUCUGCUUCCGCCUCCUCUUCUUCAUCUACUGCAUCCACUUCCUCCAGCCUUGGAAAAAGGCAUCCCUCUCCACACAACGCCGGCCAUGACAAGAGUUCCGGUUCCGCCGUCGACUCUGGUCUGAAUGGCAAGGUGUCUGCAUAA